AUUUGAUGAGUUUUGAGCUGUCAUUUGUUUCCCAUCUCCUUAAAGCAAGCCCCACACCCCUUUUACCUCCUGCCCCCUGGCGGCUACGCCACAUUUGGCCAUCACUUCCCACUUACAUAAACAAUCAUCAUAAGAACAACUCUCCCUUUAGAGUCCAACAAAGAUACAUCCUAUCCUUUCCAUCUUCUCGCAACAGAACCGAUUAAUAAUGCCCGGCAACGACUCCAUCUACUACAGGGGUACCAACUCACAGGGUAACCGCUAUGACAGUCGAGUUGACACCGCCACUGGCCAGACAGGCUACCACUACUCCAACACUAAUGGUAGCUACUACUACAACAACACUAACGGCUCUACCUACUACAACAGUGGUGAUGGGUACGCCAAAUACACUUCCCCCUCCGGCCAGUCAAGCAAUUACUACGGUAACAAUGCCGGCGGUGACAAAAAGUAGAUCACUCCGUAGGUCACGUACCAUACGAACCUUUGAAGGAUCUUCAAUCUUCGAAAUUGCAUCUGAAAAAUGGAACAGAAACGGAAACAUGGGAAUUUGCUCUAUUGCUUGAUAACGAAAUGAAAUGAGAGAUUAUGCAUAGGAUCCAAGUCUUAGUAUCCAG